GGGCCAGGCCGGGCGCCAGGGCCGCGCACUGCGAGCGCCGAGUGCGGUCGGUGCGGCGCGACGGGACGCGAGCACCGGAAGCAGCGCCGCCCACUUGGGGCGCUGCGGACACGCGCGCAAGGCCGCCUUCCCGGACGCAAACAAAAAGGGGGAAGGGAAAGCGCGCCAAGAGGAGGGCGAGCGAGGGGCCUCGGCCGCCGCCGCCGCCGCCGCCGCCCUGCGCGCCCGCUUCCGCCGCCGCCCUCCGGCCCGGCCUGCGACCCGCGGCAGCGCGCAGUCCGCGUCCCCAGGGAUCAUGGCCCAGGUCGCGAUGUCCACCCUGCCUGUUGAGGAUGAGGAGUCUUCGGAGAGCAGGAUGGUGGUGACCUUCCUCAUGUCUGCCCUCGAGUCCAUGUGUAAAGAGCUGGCCAAGUCCAAGGCCGAAGUGGCCUGCAUCGCGGUGUACGAGACGGACGUGUUCGUGGUGGGCAGCGAGCGGGGAUGCGCCUUCGUCAACGCCAGGAAGGAGCUGCAGAGAGACUUUGCCAGAUACUGCCUCGAGGAGGAGCUGAGCGAGGAGAAGCCCCCCUGCCCUGCCAACAGGACGCAGGCGCCCUCGCCCUCGGGAGAGGCAGAGGUUCUCCGGAAGGCGGUGGGGGACCACUUCUGCUCCUGCUACGGGAAGGCCCUGGGGACCUCGGCCGGGGUGCCCGUCCCCUACGAGCACAUGCUGCGCGACCCAGCGGCCGUGGCCGUGCGGGGCCUCCCGGAGGGACUCGCCUUCCAGCAGCCCGAGAGCUACGACCUGGCCACCCUCAGGUGGAUCCUGAAGAACAAGGCGGGCAUCUCCUUCGUCAUAAACAGACCUUUCCUAGGUCCCGAGAGCCAGCCGGGUGCUCACGGGAUGGUAGCCGACGCCGAGGGAACAGCCCUGUCCCCAGGUGAAAGCUGCGGUGCCAUCAGCGUGAAAGCCGAACCCGUGGACGACGCGGGGAUUUCACUGCAGGCAGAAGCUGUGUCAAUCAAGAAGGAAUCGGAGGAUGCGGAGGAUCCCAGUUACGGUCAAUAUCACAUGCAAGAAAGCCACUGUCCUUCCACAGGCAGUGAAGAUACGGAGAUGGACUCACCAAUGGAAGGUCAGGAAGAGUCCACCUGGCCGGCCUGUGCGGACACAAACAGGGACCCUAAGGGCGACGUGAAGGUGGAAGGAAACGCAAAUUCAUCCAGUAUUACAAAUUCUGCAGCUGGUGUUGAAGAUCUUAAGAUUGUGCAGGUGACAAUUCCAGAUAAUGAGAAGGAAAAAUUAUCAAGCAUUGAAAAGACCAAACAGUUACGAGAACAAGUCAACGACCUCUUUAGCCGAAAAUUUGGUGAAGCCAUCGGCGUGGACUUCCCUGUGAAAGUUCCCUACAGGAAGAUCACCUUCAACCCAGGCUGCGUGGUCAUCGACGGCAUGCCCCCGGGCGUGGUGUUCAAAGCCCCCGGGUACCUGGAGAUCAGCUCCAUGAGGCGGAUCCUGGAGGCCGCAGACUUUAUCAAAUUCACAGUCAUUAGACCGCUGCCCGGGCUCGAGCUCAGUAAUGUGGGGAAGCGGAAGAUCGACCAGGAGGGCCGCGUGUUUCAAGAGAAGUGGGAGCGGGCCUACUUCUUCGUGGAGGAGCAGAACAUCCCCACGUGCCUGAUCUGCAAGCAGAGCAUGUCGGUGUCCAAGGAGUACAACCUGCGGCGCCACUACCAGACCAACCACAGCAAGCACUACGACCAGUACACGGCGCACGUGCGCGACGAGAAGCUGCGCGAGCUCAAGCGGGGGCUGCGCAGGUACCUGCUGGGUUCGGCCGAGCCCGGGCCGCCCGCCGGCGCCGCGGAGCCGCCCGCCGAGGACCUGGCCGGCGGCCUGUGGCAGAAGCUCCGCGAGAAGCUGCGCUCGCUGGUGGCCUACUCCAUGGCGGUGGACGAGAUCACGGACAUCAACAACACCCCGCAGCUGGCCCUCUUCAUCCGCGGCGUCGACGACAACUUUGACGUGUCCGAGGAGCUGCUGGACACGGUGCCCGUGACAGGCACCAGGUCGGGACACGAGGUGUUCUCGCGCGUGGAGAAGAGUCUGAGGAAGUUCAACAUCGACUGGUCCAAGCUGGUGAGCGUGGCCUCCACCGGCACCCCCGCCAUGGUGGACGCCAACCACGGACUGGUCACCAAACUGAAAUCCAAGGUGGCCAUGGCCUGCAAGGGCGCCGAUCUGAAAUCCCUUUGUUGCAUUAUUCACCCAGAGUCCGUCUGCGCGCAGAAGCUGCAGAUGGAGCACGUCAUGGCGGUGGUGGUGACCUCGGUGAACUGGAUAUGCUCGCGGGGCCUGAACCGCAGCGAGUUCACCACGCUGCUCUACGAGCUGGACAGCCAGUACGGCAGCCUCCUCUACCACACCGAGAUCAAGUGGCUGAGCCGCGGGCUGGUGCUGAAGCGGUUCUUCGACUCCUUGGAGGAAAUCGCCUCCUUCAUGUCCUCCCGGGGAAAACCCGUGCCCGAGCUCAGCUCGCCGGCCUGGAUCAGAGACCUGGCCUUCCUGGUGGACGUGACCACGCACCUGAACGCGCUGGACAGCUCUCUCCAGGGCCAUUCGCAGAUGGUCACGCAGAUGUACGACCUGAUCCGGGCCUUCCUGGCCAAGCUGUGCCUCUGGGAGACGCACCUGGCCAGGAACAACCUGGCCCACUUCCCCACGCUGAGGUCGGUGUCCGCAGACGGCAAGGACGGCCUCCGCUACGUCCCCAGGAUCGCGCAGCUGAAGGCCGAGUUCCAGGGCCGGCUGUCGGACUUCGAGCGCUGCGAGAGCGAGCUCAGCCUCUUCAGCCGCCCCUUCUCGGCCGCCAUCGACAGCGUGCGCGAGGAGCUGCAGAUGGAGGUCAUCGACCUGCAGUGCAACAGCGCGCUCAAGGGCAAGUUCGACAAGGUGGGCGUCCCCGAGUUCUGCCGGCACCUCCGCAGCGGCUACCCCAGGUUCCGCAGCCACUGCGCCAGGGUCCUCUCCAUGUUCGGCAGCACCUACAUCUGCGAACAGCUCUUCUCCAUCAUGAAGCUGAGCAAGACCAAACCCUGCCCCCCGCUCAGGGGCGCGCCCUGGGACCCUGUGCUGCACGUGGCCUCCUGAUGGAGCCCCGCGGAAGAGGAGGAAGCCAACAGCCGCGUAUUUUGGUUAUUCCGGGUUUUUUGGAUUUCCCCACACACACUCUGAAAUGGAAACGUACUUUGCAGCAUCAGACCCGUUUAUACGGCCUUUCAUGCGUCCCCGUAGUUCAGUAAAAGCCAACAACGGUUUACUGUAUUGUGUUGGGUGACUCGUCCUGAGCCUGGCCUGCUUCCCUCACUUGCCUGAGCCCGGCCCAGGCACUGUGGUUGGAGUGAGCAGGCAGAGAGUGCGGGACCUGGCUGAGGCUAGUAGGCACCCGCGGUCAUCCUGCCCGCCUGCCUGCCGUCCCACGUGGCCUGCCGAGUGUCCCCAGCCUCAGAAGAACCUGCUGGAGAAACAACCACAGAAUCCUGUAUGGUCUGUCUCCGCCUGAAGCAAGAAAAGUCAGGCUUAAAAUGGAAAAUCUCCAAACAAGUAACACCUGAUAUAAAGGACAAAAUAAGUUGAGGUUUGGAGGGUGUCGUUUUUUAAAAAAGAAAAAAGAACUUUAUUUUUAAAUGAUUUCAAAUUUAUGGAAACGUUUUAAAAAUAAAACUAGUAUGCAUACUCCUCA